UGUGUGCUGUACCUAUGGGUCCUGAAAAUUCUCUACCCAAGCACGUUAUUUCUUUUGAGAGGCAACCAUGAAUGCAGACACCUAACAGAGUAUUUUACCUUUAAGCAAGAAUGUAAAAUAAAGUACUCAGAAAGAGUCUAUGAUGCUUGUAUGGAAGCUUUUGAUUGUCUCCCUCUUGCUGCUCUUCUAAAUCAACAGUUUCUUUGUGUUCAUGGUGGACUUUCACCAGAAGUUAAUACACUAGAUGACAUUAGGAGAUUAGAUAGAUUCAAAGAGCCUCCAGCAUUUGGACCAAUGUGUGACUUACUGUGGUCAGAUCCUUCAGAAGAUUUUGGAAAUGAAAAUUCACAAGAGCAUUUCAGUCACAAUACAGUCAGAGGAUGCUCAUACUUUUAUAGCUAUCCAGCAGUUUGUGAAUUUUUGCAAAAUAAUAAUUUGUUGUCAAUUAUUAGAGCGCAUGAAGCACAAGAUGCAGGUUAUAGAAUGUACAGGAAAAGUCAAACUACAGGGUUCCCAUCAUUAAUAACCAUUUUUUCAGCACCUAAUUAUCUGGAUGUCUACAAUAAUAAAGCUGCUGUAUUAAAAUACGAAAACAAUGUGAUGAAUAUUCGGCAAUUCAAUUGUUCUCCUCACCCUUACUGGCUACCAAAUUUUAUGGAUGUUUUCACAUGGUCUUUACCAUUUGUUGGAGAAAAAGUAACAGAAAUGUUGGUGAAUGUUUUGAGCAUUUGCUCUGAUGAUGAACUGAUGACAGAGGGAGAAGAUCAAUUUGACGGUACAGCUGCCGCACGGAAAGAAAUAAUCAGAAACAAAAUUCGUGCAAUUGGCAAGAUGGCAAGAGUCUUCUCUGUUCUCAGGGAGGAGAGUGAAAGUGUGCUGACACUCAAGGGUUUGACUCCCACUGGAAUGUUACCUAGUGGAGUGUUGGCUGGAGGACGACAGACCCUGCAAAGUGCCACUGUAGAGGCAAUUGAGGCUGAAAAAGCAAUACGAGGAUUCUCUCCGCAACAUAAAAUCUGCAGUUUUGAAGAAGCAAAAGGUUUGGAUAGGAUCAAUGAGAGAAUGCCACCAAGAAAAGAUGCUCUUCAGCAAGAUGGUAUUAAUACUAUAAACACAACAAAUGCCAAUGGAAACAAUGGAACUGGCAACAACAAUGCACAGUGACCACGUCGGCUUCUGGUUUACUCACUCAUGUCUUGCCUGAGAAUUCCUAGAUUACUGCUUUUUGAUGUGACAACAGAUGAAGUAGCCAGGGGGAUCACUCCAAGUGACGACUUAGCAUGAGGUGGAAAACCAUCUGACGUGAUCCUGCUGACCGUCGUGCUUUUGAGACAACAGCCCCUCUCCUUACGUGGUGACCCGGUCUCCUGGGAGCGUGCCUCACCUACUGACACGAAGUCCAUCACCGGCUGCUGAAGCUGCAGAAGAGAUCUGGGGAAAGCAUCGGGCUGUUACCACUAAAGCACAUCUAGACUAGCAUCUUAUGCUUAUCGUUGUCAACACUUUUAAGUUUACAAAUGGAAUUUUUUCUUUUAGUGUAGGGGUAGUUUCUUUGGUUUUUUUAAAUCAGACUUUCAAAUACAACCCUAAGAGCUAACUAUUUAUUAAUGGACAUCAGUUUCAUGAAAUGUCUUUAAAAUGAUAGAUUAGAAUGGUCUUAAAAUAUCUGAGGCUGCAAAAACUGUAUUUUAAAUAGACAGAAAAAAUGCCAAAAAACAACAAAAAAAAUCUCAGUUGGUCAUUCUGUAAAAUGCUGACCUCAGGUUUACUCC